AUGAUUUUUUCCGACCGCGCGGAAGAAUCGAUCAGGUAUUCUACUCCGGUCCCGUCCGAUAGCGCAGGACAACAGCGCACUGAAUUUCCAGACCGAGCAAUUGGCUUGACCGAAACGGAGAAUUUCAGGAUGCUACUGAACUCAGACGAUAGCCGAACACUUGUAGAUGGAGAGCGGAAAAGGCUACGCGAUACAGUGAAAGUCAGCCCAUACCAAGAGGAAUCAAAUGGCCUGUUGUUUCCAUUCCUGAUAAUAGAGGCGAAAUCAAAUAAAAGUGGAUUUGAUUUUCAUGCUAUCGGAAUGCAAACGAUCUUUGCAAUCAAGCGCCUUUUGCAGUUACAAAUGGACCUCCGCACAGCUACCGGGAACGAGACAUUUGAGCCACUAGUAUGGUUCAUUGGCUAUGCGGGGCAGUUUUGGAAUGUCUCAGCUUGUGUUUUGCACAGCACAAGGGCGGGGAGGGCCGAAUUUCACAUGAUCACGGUCUGGGAAGGAAAUCUUACCAAAGAAGACCAAGCCCUCCAGAUUCUUCUCAUUAUAGACUAUAUCUUUGAUUGGGCUCGAGAUAUAUAUCGACCAUUGAUUCUGGCCCAGCUUAAUGCUCUAUCUAUGGAAGAGAUCCUCUAUCCUGACCCAGAUAUUUUUUCCACCAUUGAAAGCAGAGAGCCGACUUGGACGGAAAACGGAUCACAAGAGACUCAAUUCUCUGCCCCUGAACGCCGGCUCAGCCAGUCAUUUCGCAGUAACUGGCCAUGGGAGCUAGAUCUUGUUCCACAUGGUGUGAUUAGGGAUGCAUCAGUACUCCAGACCAGGUUUCUUGGACUAGUUCUUGCAGAAGACGAUGUGGAAGACUUUCUACUUUCCUUUCAAUCAGAAGAUGCCACUCACUCAGAGAUUUCUGUGCUUCUGAGCACUCUGAAGGACUCGUGGCGUGUAACGGGAAAUACAUUGUUCGCCCUGGAAUGUGAAUGGACAGAAGAAUCCUCGAACAAGCCCUUCGGUCUAAGCCCACAAUCUGAUGAGAUCUACUUUCUCAAAAUUGCAAUACAAAUGUUCAUUGGUGCUGAAUGGGAACCUGUGCGCCAAUUGACAUACCUUGCCAUAUCAGAAGGUGCGAUGUCAAAGUUCAUCAACUACGUGACACCCAAAACGAACAUCAACGCUCACUUGAACAAUGUGUCUGUUACCGAGUCGAAAAUCACUAUUCUUAUUCAACAACUCAGAGAGCAAUCUAUCGUUGAUAAUCUGACAGCAGCCAUGUCAAUGGUGUCAUUCUCAAACACCACACAUUCACAGGGGAAAAGAUCGCGUGCCCGACGGGUUUUGAUGAAGGCCGAUUGGAAAUUUGACAGUUCUCAUAUCGUGGUCGACUUCGUGACAAUAAUCUACGAUAAUCAUAAAGUCGGUCGCCGUGAGCCAAGAGAUCAUUAUCUUCGAUUUUUUCAAACUCGACGCAAGCAAACUGUUCGCUUUAGCGGUACACGAAUUUGGCCUCACUUGGCACCUAUACAACUUGACCAAAAUGGAUGUGUCCUUGUUGAUAAUAUCAGUGCCAGCGCAGACAUGCCAAAACGUUGUCUCUACCUUGUACAGGGAAAUCACGAUCAAGACAAAGCAUCAGCACUUGUAAAAUUCACCUCAGAAAGGGGGCUUUACUACACCACCAUACAGCUGAAAUCAAGCAUAUGCUCCGAAGAAUACUCAAGAUAUUUGAAUCGCUCAACAUCGCCCAAUGGCUACUGGGUGGAUAAAGGCAAUUCAGAGGAGAUUCGAAAUUGGAUAAGAGAGAUUGAACAGCGGACUACAGAAGGAACGGCAGGUGCAGCACGUCAGGUUGAGUACAUAGAUAUCCUCUCCGAGGACUCUUCAUCUGAAAAAGAUGCUUCAAUGAGUUCGGAUUGA